CGUCACCCCGGGAGAUAGGGGCCUAGUUUCCCGAGUUUCCUUAUCCUCAGCCUAGCCUCGAUUUGGCCGGACAGGGGAAAACACUUUGGGAUUUCCAGAACAAAAGCAAGCCACACGAACAGACGAGCGACGCAAGCAGCACCAAAGAAACGCGUAAUAUUUUUUGUUUUGUUUUGUGCAACUCAAAAUUUCAAGAAAUCAACUUUAACUUUUGCCUCCUACACUUGGUUGGAAUUAAGGGAAAUAAAGUUCCGUAUCAGUUAGGGCAAUUUAUCAGCUGAAAUUAGCUGCGAAAUUAUUGUACCGAAACAACCCGUGGCGAGACCCGAGGAAUCUAGUACGGACAUAAAAGCGACACGGGGCCAGAGAGUUAUUGUUGUCGCUUUAUUGUGUCUGAAACUUCGGACUGAGUUGGGGGAGAGGGGAGAACUACGCGGAUAAGGAAAAGCCAAAGUGUUAAACCACAGUACAUUAAUUCGCACAGGGGUUGUGUUGAACAACACUGCCUCCUGCUGGGGAAGGGGGGAAACUACUACACCAGACCCACGGACGGAGGGAGAGCGAGAGAGGUGAACGGGACUACAGAAAGGGCAGAGGGACAUCAGACCCCACCCACCCCCCCUCCCCAAAUUUCCUCUUUGUGGAACUAGGACCAAAAACGAAGACCCAGAUCAGGAAAGGGUCUGGAGUUGAGCAGCGAGCGAGGGGUGGAGGGGUGACCAGUCGGAUGGCGGCACACGCGGAGCGGGACAGGGGGGUCAGGAUGGACGUCGGCCCGCAGCCUUUCAGAGGGGAGGGGCGCAACGCCGCGCCCCGGUCUUACCGCGGGUCGCACCCCAACGCCAACGGCAAGCCGGCCCCGCCCUCCGAGCACGCCGCGGCGGCGGACGGCGGCAGCAGCACGGGCACGGGCGCGGGCGCCGGCGGCGAGGGGGGCGGAGCCAACGGCAACGGCGUGGCGGUCAGCUUCAGCACCAACCACAACUCGGUGGUGUGCCUGCCGCUGGUCUCGGAGGGCCUGAAGCUUGUGUGGACGCAGUCGGACCAGACGCGGCAGCUGGACUGCAUCCCCGAGCUGGUGCAGGCCUUCAACGUCUUCCCCUACCCCAGCUCCCGCGAGGUGGCCUCGCUGGCCCGCGGCUGCGCCCUGCCCCUGGACAAGGUCAAGGUCUGGUUCAUGGUGCAGCGCAUCAAGUACGGCAUCAGCUGGGCCAGCGAGGAGAUCGAGGAGACGCGCCGCAAGCUGGCGGGGGGCGCCGACCGAUUCGGGGCGGCGGGGGGGGGGCCCGCCGCCGCCGCCACCGAGCCGGGCCGCCGCAGCGAGGACGAAGAGCUGGACCCGGAGGAGGAGGAGGAUGAAGAGGAGGAGGAGGAGGAGGAGGUGGGAGUGGGGAGAGAGGAGGCCAGAGUGGCGGCCCUGCCCGCGCCCCACCCCAAGCGGCCCAAAUGCGAGCCGGCGGAGCCCCCGGCCCGCCCCCACUUCCGCUCCUCCCUCCCGCCCCCGCAGGACUCCUACUACUACCGGCCCCCGGCGGAGGCCCCGGGGCCCCUGACUCGCCGCCCGGGGCCCCCCCGCCGCGCCGGCCGCUACAAGAAGUCCAAGGCGCAGCUGGCGGUGCUGCGCUGCAGCUUCCUGCGGGAGCACUGGCCGGCGGAGGCGGAGCUCCGGCGGCUGCAGGAGGAGACGGGCCUCGGCCGCAACGACAUCCGCAAGUGGUUCAGCGACAGCCGCUACCAGCUGAGGAACGGCCGCGGCUCCGCCCCCUCCCCAGGCUCCGCCCCCUGCCCCGCCCCGCCCCCGACGCCCCCCGCGCCCGCCGGCGCGAGCCGGAACGGCCACGCCCACGCCGCCCACCAGCUCCAGCCGCUCCCCCUCAUCGCCCGGCAACCGCAGGGCGGGGCCAGGGGAGGGGGCGGAGCCCGCGGGAGGGUCGCCCGUAGCAACGGGGCGGGAGACGCCAGCUUCUUUGAGAACUUCCUGUCCAGCAGCCUGGAGGCGGUGAAGCAGGAGCACCUGGCGGCGGCAGCGAUGCCGACGGAAGUGAAGGCGGAGGCGGAGGUGGAGGAGGAGGACGAUGAUGACGAUGAUGAAGAUGGGGUUUUAUCAUUGGAGCACUCGGCAGAGAUUGAGAUGAAGGAAGAAGAGGAAGAAGAGGAGGAGGAUGCGAGUGAGGAAGAGCAGCCUCUCCAGCUGAUAGGAAACCGUGGCGACCUGGAGGCCCAGCAGCGUCCAGCAGCCACGGCCUCUUCCCCAUCCCCCUCCCCCUCCCCCUCCCUCCCCCACAAACGCACCCUCACUGGGGCCACCCGCUCCACCAAGCCUGCCCCCGCCGCCCUUUCCAGCACCCCCUCCACCACCCCGUCCACCACCUCCUCUUCGUCGUCCUCCUCCUCCUCCUCGCCGGUGCUGACGGCGGCGGGCCGGCCGAGGAAGACGAAGGCGCAGCUGGACCUGCUGAAGCAGCACUUCCUGCGCUGCCAGUGGCCGAAGAGCGAGGACUACACGCGGCUGGUGGAGCUGACGGGGCUGCCGCGCGCCGACGUCAUCCAGUGGUUCGGCGACACGCGCUACGCGGUGAAGAACGGGCAGCUGCGCUGGGUCCGCGGCGUGCGCGACCGCUUCAUGGCCGAGCUGGCCGCGCAGCAGGGGGGCGGGCCGGGGCCGGGGGCGGGGGCCUCCCGGGGCGGCGGCGGGCGCAAGCGCAAGCUGCAGGAGAACGGGGGCGGCGACGCCGCCGCCGCUGCCGCCGACACCGGCCCUCUGCAGGCGUUCCGGCGGCAGACCGGGGCGCUGCAGGAGAAGGACCUGGACGCCCUGUGCAGGAAGUCCCGCAUGAGCUACCAGCAGGUGCGCGACUGGUUCGCCUCGCAGGAGGGCGCCGCGUCCGACGGGGAGCUCAACGUCACCGACUGAGCCGCCGCUGGGGGGGGAGGGGCCGUGCGGAGG